AUGGACCGAAAACUGAUUCAACCUGCUCGCAUUGAGACGGUCGAUUCAGGUUUCCCAAUUUCUAAACGUCUCCAUAUUCGCGACAUCAGUUUAAGUAUUAUCUUCCUCAUUGACACACGAUCAGAUAUUUCAUUGCUCCCCGCCGACUCAAAAACUUUAAAGUUAAAACCGAGCAACUUAACUCUCUUCGCGGCUAAUGACACCCACGUUCUAACUUAUGGUGAGAGACGUCUAAGUCUAAAUUUAAACCUGAGACGUGAAUUCUCAUGGAAUUUCUGCACAGCGGCGGUACCAAGUGCAAUCAUCGGAGCAGACUUUCUAGCUCAUUUUCGGUUGGUUCCGUUCCUACACGAGUCGUCACUCGUCGACACGGUAAUCGAGCAAAAAUCAAAAGGCUUCCUCAAACACGCUCCAUCUUUUGGUCUAAGCCUAAUAGAUCGCUCUGCUUCGUUCUAUAGCAUUUUGGCGGACUUUCCGGAAAUUACAUCCAUUCCACAAUACGACAAAUCUUUGGUUGGCGGUGUGCAGCAUCACAUCCUCACGAACGGCCCACCCUUCGCCGAGCGUGCACGACGUCUGUCCCAAGACAAACUCGUUGCCGCAAAGGCAAUCUUUAAACAAAUGCUAAAAGAUGGCAUCUGCAGGCCAUCGAGCAGCUCUUGGACUUCACCAAUCCAUCUUGUCAGGAAAAAGGCCGGCGAAUGGCGCGUUUGUGGCGAUUUCCGUCGCCUAAAAGCAAUAACGAUCCCGGAUAAAUAUCCGGUUCCACACUUGCAUUACUUCAUCUCCUUGAUGUGCGGGAAGACCAUAUUUUCAAAACUGGACCUGCACAUGGUAUAUCAACAGAUACCCAUCGCUCCGAGUGAUAUACCUAAAACUGCAGUCAUAACGCCUUUUGGCCUCUGGUCUCUUUGA